GGACUGUUGUACAGAGUUAGCAAUGGUGAUUCUUUAAUAGUGGAAUUAUUUGUCUCUUCGGUUAUAAUCGAUGCUAAUAAAGAGCACAUCGGACCUGAGAAAUCCAUGCUGCAGGAUGAUUGUCUUAUUCAAAGGCUGGCAGAAAUAGAAAAAUAAAAAAGAUGGCAUGUGAGAAUGAAAUAGCUGUUGUGGGGAUAGGUUGCAACUUUCCUGGAGGUGAAGGAAUUGACUGUUUCUGGAAAGUGUUGGAAAAUGGCAGAAACUGUACUACAGAAGUACCUCCAGAAAGAUUUAACAUUAGAGUGUGGUGUGAUCCAGUUGAUAAACCAGGCAAAAUAUGUACAGCUGCUGCUCUUCUUGAAGAAUUCAAUGCAUUUGACAACAAGCUGUUUGGCAUUAACAAUGAGGAAGCUGCACAUAUGGAUCCUCAGCAAAAGCUACUCCUAGAAUGUAGUUACAAAGCACUGGAAGAUGCAGGAAUCACUACUGAAAAUAUCAGUGGCACUAAAACAGGGGUUUUUGUUGGACUGACGAAUCAGGGCUAUGAGUCCAUAACCAGCAGGACUGCUGCCACAAUAAACAAUGGCACAGGAACAGCAAUAAGGACAGCAGCUAACCAGAUUUCAUACACUUUUAAUUUGACUGGACCAUCACUUGCCAUUGAUACGGCUUGCUCAUCCUUCCUCUCUGCUUUGCAUUUUGGCUACAAGGCUAUUAAACAAGGAGAUUGUGAAGCCGCUCUUUGUGGAGGUGUGAAUUGCAUCAUAGAACUUCGGAAGUUUGAAUCUCUCAGUAAAGCACAAACGAUAUCUCCUGAAGGAACGAGUAACUCUUCCUCUAGGAAGGCAGAUGGCUAUGGAAGAGGAGAAGGUUGUGGUGUUCUUUUGUUAAAGCCAUUGAUAAAGGCACAAGAAGACUUCAACAAAAUAUGGGGCGUUAUCACCAUCAGUGCAGUCAACCAGAAUGGAAGAUCUGUCACCCCAAUCACCAGACCAUUUCAACAGGAGCAAGAAAACCUGCUGCUCAGCAUUUAUCCAGUUCCUGUUGAUCCAUCCACUGUACAGUAUGUUGAAGCACAUGGCACAGGAACCCCUGCAGGAGAUCCCAUUGAAGCAGAGAUCCUAGGCAAUAUCAUUGGUAAAAAGAGGUCUCCUAACCUGCCCCCUCUCAAGAUUGGCUCAGUCAAAGGGAAUAUUGGACACACAGAGUCAGCUGCUGGGGCAGCAGGAUUAAUCAAGGUUCUUCUCAUGAUGCACCAUGGAAAGAUUGUUCCAUCUUUGCACUUUUCAGAGAGCAAUCGCAGCAUAAGUACAGAGAAGCUAAACCUCUCCAUCCCAACAGCAGUGGAAAAGUGGGAUGAGUCUAGUGAAUUUGGCAGAGUAGCUGGGAUUAACUGUUUUGGAUUUGAGGGGAACAAUGCCCACAUGGUUGUCAGACAGGUUAAGCAAGUCCAGGUUCUCUCUCCAAUUAAAAGAACUGUUGAAUUAUUUGUCAUUUCUGCUGCUUCAAGUAAUUCUCUGAAAUUGGCAAUGGAAGACACAGCUAGACACAUCAACACCGGAAACUCAACAACACUCCCAAAUCUGGCCUACACAUCUGCCUGUAGAAGAAGCCACAUAAACUACAAACACAGAAAAGCCUUUGUGGCAUCCUCUCUUCAGAACUUAGAGCAACAGCUUCUUUCUGCAGCUGAAAUGGAAACAGUUCCAUUGAAGAAGCCUCCAAAAUUAAUUUUUGUGUUCUCCAGUAAUGGCUUGAAUUUCAGAGGGAUAUGUAAAAUCCUGCUGAGAUCUGAACCAGUCUUUAGAGAGAAAUGUAUUGAAAUCAAACAAUUAUUUCAACAGCUCUCACCCACUGGAAGCUGGGAAUUAAGUGAACAUGACCAUGAGGAUUUGUCGAGGCCUGACAUCGCCCAACCCUUACUCUUCACACUGCAGGUGGCUUUGUUUUCACUUCUGCAGUAUUGGGGAAUUAAGCCAAUUGCCACUGUUGGCCAUUCAGUUGGUGAGGUGGCUGCUGCCCAUUGCGCUGGCUUCCUCUCCCUGGAAGAUGCAGUCAAAGUCAUCUAUCACAGGAGCAGGCUCCAAGCUAAGGUCACUGGUGGAAGAAUGCUGGUGGUUGGGAACAUCCCUGUUCAAGAAGUGUCAGCAGCCCUGGGAGCAUAUUCAGGAAAAGUCUGUGUAGCAGCCUUUAACAGUCCUCAGUCUUGUACAUUGUCAGGAGAUGCAGAUUCCAUCAAUGCUGUUCAGAAGCAUUUAGCUGAACACUUCAGCAAAACAAAGAUAUUUCUUCAUCUUUUAAAUGUCCCAGCUGCAUAUCACAGCCAUAUGAUGGAUCCGAUACUUACAGAAAUGACAGCAAGUCUAUCAGUAUUAAAGAAAGGGAAACUAGAAAUUGACCUAAUUUCUACAGUAACAGGAAAGGCAGCUUCAGGAGAUGAUUUUGUUACAGGAAACUACUGGGCCAGGCAGGCUCGAGGUCCUGUUUCUUUUGCAGAGGCCAUAAUGACUUCAGCAAAAGACAAGGACAAUAUUGCAUUCGUAGAGAUAGGGCCUCAAAGAGCAUUGCAGAAGUACAUAACAGAAACAUUGGGAACACAAACCAGAGUCUUCCAUUCCAUGCAAAUUGAAAGAGAAUACGUGGCUCUUCUUAAACUUGUAAAAGAUUUUUUUGAACUGGGAUUAAAUGUGGAUUGGCCUCAUUUCUAUGAAGGGUAUCAAAGCAUACCAUCAGCCUAUCCCAGGUAUCAAUUUGAUCGUCGGAAACUGAUGUCACAUUGGAAAAUUAACCAGCAAGUAAGCAAUAGAGCUGCAAGCUCAAAUCAUCCUUUAAUUUACAGUGCAAAUGGUGAGAACUCAGAAUUCAUUUGUUGUAUCUCUGAGGCCCUGAAACCAUAUUUGAAUGAGCUCAAGAACCACAGUGUUGCUUUAAUUCCUAGUGCCUUUUUUGUGGAACUCGCUUUGGCAGCUGUGAUGACUAGCUCACGGCCAAAAGUACCCUUAAGUUUUUGUCAGAUGAAUAUAAUUUUCACUAAACCAUGUGUUUUAAACGAAUUUUCCCAUGCUUUGAAGAUAAAGGUGGAGUCACAACAAAGAUUGUCAGAGUUCAGGAUAUUAUCUGGAUCAGCUAAUAUGCUUUACGUGUCAGGACAAGUCACAAAGAAUCCAGAAACAUCCAUUGAAGAAAGGAACAUUUCCUUAAAAACUAUUUUUCAGAGGUGCAGAUCUGUUGUCAGCAAAGAUGAGGUUUAUGAAGCACUGGCACAAUCUGGAUUCCACUAUGGUGCUACUUUUAGAGAGUUAAAUGAUGUUUUUUAUUGUGAAGAUCUGAAAGAAGCUAUAACUACUGUUAAAGUGAAGAAGCAAAUAGUGGAAGAAAUGCAUGAAUAUUAUAUCCAUCCAAUACUCUUGGAUGCUUUUCUACAAAUGGUGGGAGUUCUAGCUAUAGUUACUUCCAAGAACAAAGUAGUCUUUCCUUCUCGCAUAAGCAGUCUCACAGUUGCUCGAUCUUUGGAAGAGGAAAUGAUGAUAUAUUUAAAGACAAGCAAGUCCAGUGAUAAUUACUUACUUUUUUGUGGGUGCUUCACAGAUAAGCAUGGGGCUGUUUUGGCAGAAUUGAAAAGUAUCCAGAUCACUUUUGUAAAGGAAAUUCCCAAGACAGAUAAUGAUUUGUUGUUUGAGAAUAACUGGAAAGAAAUAACUUUUGACCAACCCAUGCAAAAUCUACCAAAAGCACCUAGAGUUGUGGUGUUUGCUGACAAAUCUGGAAUAGCACAGCAACUCAAGAAUUACUUACACAGUGAGUCUAGAUUUGUUUCAUAUCAGGAAUGGGACAAAAUGUUGGUAGCCAAGAGAACAGAUACAAAUGCACAAAAUAAGAUUAACCUGGAACUGCAGGGAUACCAAGAUGUUGUGUUUAUGUGGGGUAUCAAAAAACUGAAUGAAUCUAUACCAGAGAAAGUGGUGAAAUAUUCUGUAAGGUGCUGUGAGGCAUUACGUCAAAUUGUUAAUGCAUUAAGGGAGAAGUCCCAUUGUUCCAUUACAAUAAUCACUUACAGGACAGCAGAAAGCAAAGUAGAUCACAUAAAUACUGGCUUUGUUUUGUAUGGCAUGACUCGAACAUGUAUGGUUGAAGUCCCUGAUAUUGCAUUUCAGAUUAUUGAUAUCAGCUCUACAAACACAACAGAUAUUUCUGCUUUAGCAGAUGUGUUAGUAAAGUAUAAAGCUCAGGAUUAUCCAGAAGUCUGGAUUGAUGAAGGUAGAAUUUACACUUCUGAAAUUAGGCGCACUCAGAUUGAAGCCACAUCCUUCAAUCUACCUUCCUACCCACUUCAGAGCUCAGAACUGUGCAUUUUGUACACAGCAGAUCCGUAUGAUGUAAAAGAUCUCACAGCUAAAGUUGCCAACUCACGUACUCAACUUGGAAACCACAGCGUUGAGGUUCAAAUUGAAAAAAUAAGUAUUCACUCAGAAGACUAUUUUCCUAUUAGUAUGUCCAGCUGUAAAUUCGGGGAAACCAUGUACUGGAAUUCACAUACAAUAGAUAAAUACAAGCUAUUAGCACUAGACUUUACUGGCACUGUAACUGCAGCAGGUAUUGAAGUGAAAAAGGUAAAAGUGGGAGACCAUAUUGUUUCAUGUUAUCCAGUUUCCGCAGCUUCAAGAAUUAAUAUUCCAGAAACAGUUUGCUUCAAUACUCAAAAAUUUCCAUGUUUUAGAAACAUACCAUGCAUGUCAUUCUUCUAUGUAGCAUGGGAAAUUUUUCAUCAAGCACUGCCAAUGCCAAAACAUAGUGAAAUGUUAGGCAUUAUUUCCACUGAGCCUGAGUCAGUUUUGUGUCAAGUGCUUUCUUUUGCAGCUCAGGAGUUAGGAUGGAAAACAAUAAAUACAAACCAUGUGACAGGGCUAUGGCAACGUGUUAAUCAGUGCAAUGCCCUCAUUUUCUUACCUCCACUAAAUAGACUAUUUAAAGAAGCUCUAACUUGUCUUUUCCAUCUUAGAGACGUUGUACUGGUUUAUGGCAAUGAACAGCCAGAAUGCUUGCGGUAUCUGAUUGGGAGCGAUCAAGAAAAUAUCCACAUCCAUGCUGUCAAUCUUAUCCAUAUUUUUCAGAAAGCAUCUCUGAUACGAUUCCAGAAGGGAAUCUACUGCUGGCUUAAAUCAAUAAAUAUGAAACAAUUAAAACAACUCCCAUAUUCCCUUUUUCAGCAAGCAGGAAUUUCUGAGAGGCCAGAUAUAGCUGUAUCCUAUUUCAACUGCAAAAGUGUACCACUUGUGGUACUGAAAAGUGAGGAUAUUCCAGUAAUUGAAACAGAGAGAAGUCUUUUUAAGCAGAAUUCCGUUUACAUAGUCACAGAGGGACUCACUGGGCUUGGCUUUGAAACUGUAAAAUUCAUAGCUCAGAAUGGAGGCGGUUGCAUUGCAAUACUUUCACAGAGAAAUCCAAGCACUGAGAUUCAAAAAGAAAUAAAUGAUCUCCAGGAUCAAUGUGAAUGGAGCAGAAUAGUCAGCUUGCAAUGCAAUGUUGUUUUAAGUUCUGAGGUUGAGAAGGCUAUCAAGUCUAUCAGUAAAUUUUUUCCGAACUGUCCAGUCAAAGGUGUAUUCCACAGUGCUAUGGUUUUACAUGAUGGGCAUCUUGAAACACUCACUAUGUCUCACUUUGAGGAAGUUUUAAAUCCAAGGAUAGCAGGGGCGAUAAAUCUUCAUUGUGCCAUGCAAGGACGGGAGCUUGACCAUUUUGUAUGUUAUUCAUCUUUUUCAUCGUUUCUUGGAAAUGCAACACAGUCAAAUUACGCAGCUGCUAAUUCCUUCCUGGACCUCUUCUGCCAUUAUAGGAGAAACAGAGGCCUUGUAGGACAGUCCAUUAACUGGGGUGCCUUAAAUCUUGGUGUUUUACAAGGUCAGUAUCACAGUCAAAAUAGUAUUUUACAAAGCAAAGGUUUAGAGGAUCUGCAAGUGAAUGACAUUCACGAGUAUCUUAAAAAAAGCUUAAUUCUGAACAAUCCUCAGCAAGCUGUGGUAAAACUCAAUUUUGAAACUUUAGCUGAUCACGUUUUAUCUCAAAAUUUGUCACUGAGGAGUCGUGUUUAUAACCUUGUUUCUGAAGAGAUGUGUAGUAAUGCUGAAGCUAUAACCCAGAAUCACGUUCUAGAAGGACCUGUAGAUUACGUUAUCUCACUUUUGAAAAGCCUGAGUGAUCCAAUCCCAGGGGAUCUUUCAUUACAUACACCACUUUCAUCACUGGGCAUAGAUUCUACACUUGCCUUUACUCUACAGAAUCGUGUCCUUGUGGAAAGGAGGGUGGAAAUACCCCUUGUGAAACUGCUUGAUCCUCACUCAACUGUAUCAACGGUAAUAUUGUACUUGAAAGAUAAUUCUAAUACAACAGAUUCUCAUGUAGCUGAAGAUACUGAUGCUGGAAGCUGGUUGUAGGAAUGCUUUUCCUGGCAUUAUUUUAAAUGAAUUAUCAGUAACUGCUGGAUUUUCCCAGUAAUUUGCUAGUUCAGUUCAGACCUCAAAAUUACUUUAUCAUGCUACUAAUUCCCAGUUUGGAAGGUUACCUGUAUACAGAACAGGAUGUGGGUAUGUCUAAUAUUUCAGUCUUAUGGAUGAGCUGCUGCAACAGUACAUAAAAUCUGGCUUAUUGCAGCACAGCUAUAACUGUUUUCUAUACUUGAUAAGUUGUACACUGGGGCUGCUCCAGCUCUGUGCACAAUAGAGUUCUAUGUAGCUAAACUUCUGAUUAUGUAAAUUGAUUUAUCUAGAUAAGUACGAAUUGUGCAAUUCAAACCUCUACAUAUUUCCUCGUAAGUAAGCCCCACUCUGUUCAGCCAGACUUACUUCUAAGUAAGUGUGCAUAGGGUUGCAGCUUUUGGUUUCUGCCACUAAAUUAUAUAGGUUCAAUGGAAUUUUUCUUUUAGUGU